AUUGAAGAGCGAGAAGAAGAAUAUCAGCGGGUACGAGACAGGAUCUUUGCCCGAGAAUCGUCUCAGAAUGGAUACAUCAAUGAUAACAGAUUUUCCACUGAGGGCUACUGCUCUAGCUCUCAAAAGAGGAGGCAGAUCUUUAGAGGGAACCGUGAGAGCUCGAGCCGGGCAUCGAGCAGUCGUCAAAGCAGCACAGACAGUGAUAUGAAGUGCCUGGACCCACGGCCCUGGAGCAGUACCGACUCGGACAGUUCUAACCGCACCCUUCGGCCACCCGUGACCAAGGCCAGCAGCUUCUCUGGCAUCUCCAUCCUCACCAGGGGGGACAGCCUUGGCAGCAACAAAGGAUCACAGGGAAGCUGCAAAGGCUCUCGCUCUGGCUUGCCCUUAGUGAGUCCUGAUGUUUGUCCUCCACCCUCAGUGUCCCAGUCCAGCCGUAGCCUCCUACCCUGCCCAUCUCAACCUCCACAGCAGCCGCAGGUCCAGGGCCCGCCUCAGACUGCCCUGCUGCCCACCCCACAGCAGCACCCUAUGGGGAACCACAUGAUGGCUCAGCCGGUGGCGUCUCUGCAGCCCUCUCAGCCUGUCUCCUACUCCAGCCCUUCCUGCCCCCAGGUUCUCCUGCCAGUUUCUCCUCCCCAGCAGUACACAAUGGGAGAUGAGCUACCGCCACAGUUCACCCAGAUGACUCUGAGUCGGCAGGGCUCCAGUGAGAACCCUGAGCCCCCCCCUAUGUAUCAGCCCCCGCCCACUGUGCUGUCGCAGCAUCCCCCACCUCAGCCUGGCUACAUCAUGACGACAGGUCAGCCUUUGCCUCCUCCAUCUGGCUACCAGCCUCCUACUGGACACCCUCAUCCUCCGCCUCCACCGCCGCCCCCCUCCCAGCCUGUCAUACAGGCUGCACCCCCUCCGCAAGGCUACAUCCAGCCCCCUCCACCUCAACAGAUCCAGGUGUCGUACUACCCACCUGGUCAGUACCCCAGUUCAGGCCAGCAGUACCGUGUGUCCCAACCUAUAUCCCACCAGGUGUCUUACCAAGCCCAACGCACACAACCCAUGCCUCCGCCCAAUCAGCAGUCAGGUCUUCAGACCAUGAUGCCUAGCCAGCAGCCAAGCUAUCAGAACAUGAUGGGGGUGCAGCAGCCUCCAAAUCCUGGUCUGCUCAAUUCCCAAAGGACGGGUAUCGGAGGCCAAAUGCAAAGCAUAAUGGUUCAAUACCCACAGAUGCCAUCAUAUCAGGUACCAGUGGCAAAUGAAAAUCAGCAGGUGGUGCAGCAACAGUAUCAGCAGCAGGUCAUGGUGCCAGUCAGCCAGUCUGUCCAGGGGCCCAUGCCCGUCUACUACAGUGUUAUCACACCCACACAGCAAAAUAGCACAAGCCCAUCAGUAGGUUACCUGCAGCCUCCCAGCUCAGAGCAGUUUCAGAUCACACAGUCACCGUCUCCCUGCAACCCUCAACCAUUGCAACAGCAAUAUUCAGGAGUGGCUCCUCCGGGCCCGGGGUGA